CCAUCAUCAGCAAUGUCUCGGCGAAAGCAGCCCAACCCCAACAAAGUCAAACUGAUGGAGAGUUCAACAGAAGACAAGCGAGCAGGGUGUGAUGUGAGCACAUCGCUGAGCGGAGAAGAGGCAGAGACGACAGAAGAGAAAGACAGGCCCACCCCUACACAGACCCAACAAGAGCACACAGAGAGCCCUGGGGAGUCAGAGGAGAGCACAGAGAAGAAGGGAAAGGAGCAGAAAGGAGCGGAGGUGAGGGUGGGGUCUGACGGAGUAGACCUGUCCUCAAUCAACUCCAUGAUGAGUACAGUGAUGAAGGCGGGGCAGCUCAACGGAGGAGUAGACUCCGCCUCUAACACGCCCACCAAGACCUCUAUCAAAAGCCCUAGCACCAACCGCACCGGGAGAAAGAGCCAGGAAGCCAAAGAUGACAGCUCCUCCUUCAUCUGUCCGCUUUGUGAUAAGAACUGUGUUACCCAGCACCAGCUCACUAUGCACAUCCGCCAGCACAACACAGAUAACGGGUCGACGGAUCACUCGUGCAGCAUCUGUGGGAAGUGUCUGAGUUCAGCUAGCUCUCUGGACCGCCACAUGCUGGUGCACAGCGGAGAAAGACCAUAUAAAUGCAGCAUCUGUGGCCAGACCUUCACCACCAACGGCAACAUGCACAGACAUAUGAAGAUCCAUGAUAAAGACCCUGCCAGUUCUGUGCCCACCAGCCCCCCGUCCCCCAUCAAACGCAGGCGCCCCUCCGCCAAACGGAAGCUCAGCCAGGAUGAGGACGGAGACCGAGGAGACGAGCCGUCCAGCAAGAGGGUUCUGGAUGACAGCGGUUUGGAUGAGCAGGGAUUGGCCAAGGGAGAUGACGAGCUGCUGCCCUGCCCAAUCUGCUUCAAGUCUUUCAACUCCAAAUAUGACCUGGAAACCCACAUGGAUACCCACCCAGACAGUACACUCAGAUGUGAACUGUGCUGUAUGUCCUUCCGAACACAUCGUAGCCUGCUCCGUCACAACGCAGUCAUCCAUAAACAGCUGCCCAUGGACCCCAUGGGACGGCCCUUUAUCCAGAGCAAUCCUUCCAUCCCCCUUGGAUUCAAUGACCUGGCCUUUAUUGACUUCUCAUGCCGCAAGUUUCCUCACAUUGCCCAGAUGUGGUGUGAAACCAAUCUACGCAGGUGCACCAGUAAGUUCCAUCGGUUUGUUUGCGAGACCUGUGAUAAGGCCUUCCCCCUGCGCUCGGCUCUGGACCUGCACAAGGUCUCUCAUGAUGGCGCAGAGAGUGCCAAGGAUUCUGUCUCUGAGGAGUCUCCCUCUGCUCAGAGUCAAAAAGAGCCCCCCACAACAUCCGAGAAAAACAGCUUUAUGGACUCCUUGGGCCUCCAGCAUGUCUCCCAGGUCAAGCCUGUCCCUUCCGAAGAGGAGAUCAGGCAAGCGGAGCUGGACAGUAUCCGCUUCAUCCAUGUAGAUCCACCACAGCCUGCCAUACCCUUGUCUCUUUCUCUUGUGGAUCCAACAACACUCCAGGGCCUGUCUCAGCGCGAGGCCCUUAGCCUUCUAUCGCUGCAGCCCUUCCAGAGUGGCUUCCUUCUCCAGCCUGACGGUGGUGUGGUAGUCAAACCUGUGUGUGGAGAGACUGGCGUUGAAUUGGCAGACAUCCAGCAGAUCCUCAAAGUGGCCUCACAAGCCCCAAACCAGAUUGGCCUGCCACCCUUGUCCAAGGCACCCUGCAGCGCUAUGCAGUCAGUCUACAAACAGAUGCCCCCGCUCAAGCCAAAGCCCCUGGUCGCUCCAAGGACCAACAUGACCAUGUCCACUCCGCCACCUCUCUUGAGCACCCAACAGGCUUCCCUUGGGUGCAUCAGCCCCAGCCUGCCGCCCCCUGCUAACCAUUUGCACAAGACCACAAGAGAACUCUCCUCUUCCUCCUCUUCUUCAUCCACCUCUUCAGGCAGCCAGGCGUCCAUGGAUAAGAUGCAGAUGGAGGCGGAGUGCAUGGGGGAUGCCCACACCCCCGUGGACACUGACGAGCACCAGAUCAAGCAGGAGGAUGGAAAGACAGGGGAUGUAGCCGGGAAGAAAGGUGGAGCUCGUAAGGCCUCGUACCCUUGCCGCUUUUGUGAUCAGGUCUUUGCCUUUUCUGGUGUUCUGCAGGCACACAUGCGAUACCACCUGGGCAUUCUCCCUCACCAGUGCAACAUAUGCGACUAUGUCGCACCAGAUAAAGCCACACUGAUCCGUCACCUGCGUACACACAGUGGCGAGAGGCCCUAUGUCUGCCGUGUCUGCCAUUACCCGUUCACUGUCAAGGCUAAUUGCGAGCGUCACCUGCGCAAGAAGCACAUGAAAAACACCCGCAAAGAAAUCGAGAAAAACAUUAAGUAUGUAACCUCGUCCACCUCCACUCCUGAUGCACCAGAACAGGUCGGGGCUGGUGACACAACCUGCCGUUUCUGCGGGGAAGACCUCAAGAGCUAUCGGGCUCUACAGAUCCACCUCCGCACCCAUAACGGCUGCCAGCGUAAACCGUUUGAGUGUAAGCGCUGUGGAGCAGCCUUUUUGGCCAAGCGAAACUGCAUUCAUCACCUGUUGAAGCAGCACCCGGAGGUGCAAGAACAAGAGAUUGAGGAACACAUCACUACUCUCCUCCCCUCUGCCUCUCAGGCCAGCCCCAACCUGUCUCUGCUCAACAGGGUCUCUCCAAGCACCUCCCUUAACCCAAUCAAGGUUGAAGAUUUGAGCUUCUACAGUGAAGAGCUGGACCAACCACUGGACUUCUCCAACAAAAGCCGCACAAGCAGCAAUGCUGGGAGUCCUGGGAUUAAGUUGGAAGCUGCCUCUUCUGUAUAUGACAGUUCCAUGGAACCUAUUGAUCUCUCAAUGCCAAAGAAUUCAGAGAAGAAACUUAAGGGAGAUCCUGACUCCAUCCUACAGAAGGAGGUCAAAAAGGAGCAGGUGUCCCUUAGUAUCUUGGAUCACAACUUUUCUCAGGCUUUCCUGGAUAAGACCAUUGAUGAAAAGUCCCACCAGCUUAGCUGUUACCAACUUCCCCUGGCCUUGGCUUCUCCACUUAGUAAUGUCACCGGCAUUUCAGGCCGGGCCUUGCGGUUGAAGCGCCUGUUGCCCAAACCUGCUUCUGCAACCUUGAAGGAGCUGCCACCUCUGGCGUCCAUCGCUCAGAUCAUCUCUUCAGUUUCUGGUGCUCCAGAUCUUCUAAAACGAGAGAACCUCCUGGAGAAGAAUGCAAGUGUGCUUCAACCUGAUCUUGAUGCCUCUGGCAAACAGGAAACCCUGGACAACUCUGCUGAUGAGCUGUCCCAAGAUGGCUCCAAGAAGAAGUGCAAAAAGAGGCCAGCUAUCAACAUGGUCACAGAGAAGUCUAUUGUGAAUGUAGCAAGCUCUGGCACAGGCAGCGGGAUUGACUUGGAGUCUAGUGGGGAAUUUGCGAGCGUUGAGAAGAUGCUAGCCACUACGGACGCCAACAAGUUUAGCCCCUAUUUGCGAACAAGCGCAGUCGACAUGGGAAAGAAGGAAGGAGAGCAGGCGGGCACCAGUGAAGAGAAACAGAGGACAGAGAAUAAGCAGCAACAAGCCCAGCAGGCUCCACAGUCCAAAGGAAAGAAAAAUGCAUAUUCUAACUCCGUGCAGAAGAUGACCUGCCCUUUCUGUCCAAGAGUCUUCCCAUGGGCCAGCUCACUCCAGCGCCACAUGCUCACACACACAGGUCAGAAACCAUAUCCUUGUCCCAAAUGUGAUGCCUUCUUCUCCACCAAGUCCAACUGUGAACGGCAUCUUUUGCGCAAGCAUGGUAUAGCCAGCAGAGUUCUGCGGCGAAAUGGGGCUAUGCCCAAGGCUAAAGAGGUAGAGGAAGGUUCACCAGAGAGCGCAGAGAGCAUGUCUGAAACAGAGUUCCCUACCAUGGAGGCUAUGGAUGUCACAAGUGCUGAACCUGAAAAACCAGCUGUCCCUGAUGCUCAGAAAUCCUCCCCUGCCAAGCCAACAGAGGCAGCAGCAGUGGAGCCUGUCUCACACCAGGUGGAGCCAGAGAGCCAGCCUGGGCUUGAGUCUGCUGAAAACGACAGCAUGAACGACAAUGACGACGAUGAUUCUCAUAGCAACAAGAGUCUUGACCUUAACUUUGCCAGCAAGUUAAUGGACUUCAAGUUUUCAGAAGGCGAUCAGCCGCAGUCCUCCCCAUCAGAGAAAGCAGCUUCUCAGGAGGAGUCCAAGUACACUUGCAAAAGCUGCAGAAAGAGCUUCCGUUAUGCUGCCACUUUAGCCAGGCAUGAAAAGGUGCAUUUGUUGGAAGGCACAGCUGGCAUGCACCCCAGACCAGAGGACCUUAUAACAUCAGAUGAACCGGGGAAGGAGGAAACAGAGGAGGAACUGGAAAGAGAAGAGAAAAAGGGAAUAGCAGAGAGUGAGGGAGCUGGCAGCGGGAUGGACAGUGGCUCGGAGGAAGAAAAGGAGAGGGAGGAGAGGAGCGAUGAAGAGGGAGGUGUGGCAGAACCAAAGAGCAGUGAGGGAGAGGUUGAGGGAUCAGGCAACAAAGCCGACAAGAGGAAGAAGAUCUGCAGCGUUUGCAACAAGCGCUUCUGGAGUCUACAGGACCUGACCCGACACAUGCGUUCUCACACAGGUGAGCGGCCAUACAAAUGUCAGACGUGUGAGCGCACCUUUACCCUGAAGCACAGCCUGGUAAGGCACCAGCGGAUUCACCAGAAGCCACGUGGGCCAGAUGGAGAGGGGUCGACCAGUGGGGCCUCAGGUGGAGUUGGGGAUGAGGAGGCUUUCAGUGGCCGUUCGGCCAGCGAGGGUGAAUACACCCCCACCAGCACCAACCCCCCUUCUGAGAAUGAAAGCGAGGCCCCAGAGACGGCUAAGGAGGAGCCAGAGCAGCAGGAGAAGGACGGCGAGCUUGCACCAGCCUCCUCUAACAAGGACGCAACCCCUGAACCGGUCACCACGGAGACACCCAAAGAGCCCCCAUCAGAGCAUCAAGCCUCAGAGUCGCCGUCCACGUCUGAGAAAGAGGUGGACGAGUCAUCGGAGGGAUUUCUCCAGGGCCUGCUGGAGAUCCGCACCAAGCCCCCCAUAGACCAUAUCCUGCCUGCCAGCGAGCCCCCGCUUCUGGGUGUAGAGUGAAGGGCGAACCCUCCCCAUCCUUCCUCAGAGAUGUCUUUA